AUGUUCUCCUCCCUAAUAUCACAGAUAAAGGGAAAACCUGCCCUGAGAAACAGAGGGGGUCCAACUGUCACAAAUAAGACAGCUGUUACAUCAUCACUAUCGUCGUCGUCGUCAUCGUCGUCGUCGUCGACAUCAUCAAGGAACAAUGAUGCAAAACCAAAAGCCAGACCCCAAAAAGCCGCAUCACGCAAACCAAGUUAUAGUGUAAAUGUGGACCCUGCUGUGGCAAGACUUAAGGCUGCAAGGGCAGCUGAAAAAGAAGCCGAGGAACAGAAGAAGAAAGAAUUGAAAAGAAAUAGACUCAUAGACUUGGGAAUCGACCCUGAUGCACAGAAGAAGGCCGUUAAGGCUAGAUCGAAAAAGGAGAAUGGGAAUCCAGAUAAACCGAAAACCAAACGAGCACCACAGAGUCGGAAAGCUAGAAAAGAACAAGAGUUUGGAAACGACGAAGAUUACGCUGAUAGUCAAAGGACUAGUCAGCCAAGAAGAAUGAAAUUCACAGAUCUAAUGAAGCAAGCAUCAAAGGUAGAUAAUUCUGUACUAGCUAUAAAUAUCAAAUCCAAAAGUGCAAAAGCGUCAGAACCUCGAGAUAACAAAGAAUCUAAGAAGUUGCCAAAGAGGCAAGCAUUGCCUGCUGAAGGUAGAAGUGUGAAAGAUAUAUCUCAAAGGAGUUCAAGAGGGGCAAUGCCAUCUAAACAAAAUACUUCUAGUAACAGAAAACCAGAAUCGUUUAAGCAGAAGGCUUCCAGGCCUACGCCGCCUCCUCUUAUAACCAAUAAUCGUGCCAAAAUAGCAGCUCCUUCAGAAAAACUUAGAAAGAAACUUGAAGAAAGAAAGAAACUGAAAGACCUUAGAGAAAGACAAAGGAAACGAUACGGUGAUUAUGAUGAAGAUGAUUAUGAUGAGGAGGAUGAUGACUUCAUUGUUGAUGAUGAGGAAGAGGAAGAAUACGGCUCAGGAUAUUCUCGGAGAGGAGAAGAUCCAGGCUACGAUCGUGACGAGAUCUGGGCCAUGUUUAAUAAAGGAAAAAAGAGAAGAUAUAAUGACGAUUAUGAUGAUGAAAGUGAUAUGGAAGCCACUGGUGCCGAUGUGUUUGAAGAAGAAGAACGUUCCUUCAAAUAUGCUUUGAGAGAAGAAAAGCGUGAAAAGGAGCUUGAAAAGAGAAUAGCAAGAGAGAAGGAAGAUAGAUUGAAAAGAUCUAGAAGAUGA